GAAAAUCAAAGGGGAUAUAUUUAUUAAAAAACGCUAUAAAGCCACGGUUUAUGAAACGAAGACGAUUGGUUCGCUGCUUUUGUCGUUGACGACGAGGAGCAUGGGUGAAUGAGAGAAUUGGAUUGAGAGCUUUUUUUCCAUGGAUGAACCUCGUAAGCAUCAGGUGUCGUUGAGAGGAGCCAGUGCGAAAGAGAUAACGAGGGAUGCACUUCUUGAGAAAGUUUCCCAGGAAAGAGAACUUCGAAACUAUGCCAGACGAGCUUCUGCUGCUGCUAUCUUCAUCCAGAGAAUAUGGAGGCGAUACAAGGUUUCAAAGGUGGUGGCUUUGCGGCUUCAAGAAGAAUGGGAGAACUUUGUGAACCAUCAUGCUGGUUUAUUGUCAGGAACCCAGAUUAGCAUCAGCAUUUUGAGGCCUUUUCUUUUCUUUAUUACAUGCUUAUCUACUCGGCAGAAGAAAAUCCGUAACAGAGAUGUAAAUUGUAUGGAGAGGUGCUUUAAAAUUCUAUUGGAAAGUGUGAACUCUGUUGAUUCAAGGAAGAACUAUUGCUCUUUGGCAACUGGUACACCUGAAGAGAGAAGAAUCUGGAAUUAUCAGUCUAAGAAGUUGAUUUCUCUGUGCCUGGUCAUUCUAGCAGAGUUUGACAAAUCCUCUGCUGGGGGUCAAAACAUUGUUGUUGUCACCUCUUUAGCAAUGCGCCUUGUUGUUCAUUUGACUGAUCUCAAAGGUUGGAAAAACAUUACCGACAGUAACCAUCAGAUGGCUGAUACAGCAGUGAAGGAUUUGGUACGGUUUAUGGGAAUUGAUGAUAGUGGUCUCUAUGUAUCUAUUAGAAGUUACAUUAACACAUUGGAUUUUCCUUUUCCUUCUCAAAUCAAAAAUAAAGUUCUAACAGAUGACAAAUUUUUGGUUACUGCAAGCACAAUAACUUUAGCACUUCGACCAUUUCACAUGACAAACUCUAAAGUAAAUGCCCCUGGCCUGUUGGAUGUGCAUUAUGUUGCUGAGAAGUACUGUGUGUUUCUACUUACAAUUCCUUGGCUUGUGCAACGUCUGCCAGCUGUUCUUGUAUCUGCUAUGAAGCACAAGACUAUCAUGUUGCCUUGUUUACACACUCUACUGAUUUUGAAGGAGAAAAUAUUAAAUGAGAUGUCUGAGAUAAAUCAGUCAAAAAUUGCAUUUUGUCCUAAGGUGAUUCCACCAGUAGGUUGGGCUCUUGCAAACAUUAUAGGCCUUGCAACAGGAGGAGAGAAUGAUUAUACAGAUUCUGGAAGGUUCAGUCAAGGUCUUGAUUGUGUAUCAUAUGUCCGUGUUGUUAUCAAUCUCGCAGAAAACUUACUGGCUGGAUUUGAACAUUUUGGGUGUAUCAGAAUUGAGAACCACGAAGUCCAAAGUGAUGUUGAAACUUUUUCUCAGCCCAGUGAUGCAAGAUUUUGUGAUAGUGAUGCAUCUCAUGGUUCCUUUAAGAUGUCAUACUUGGACAGCUUUAAGCCUAUCUGUCAGCAGUGGCAUCUUACUGAUCUUUUGGCAAUAAUAAACAAAGAGUUUUGUGUUCAGGGGUCUGACACUCUGACACAAAUGGAAGAGAAGUACUUAGGGAAGUUGGAACUGAUAGAUAUUGCAUAUCUUUAUUCUUACAUUCUUAGAAUAUUUACAUUCUUGAACCCAACAAUUGGAUCUUUGCCUGUCCUUAACAUGCUCUCUUUUACUCCUGGAUUUCUUGUCAAUCUAUGGGAAGAACUGGAAAGUUUCUUGUUUCUGGGAGACAGUCAAACUGCUGAAGAUCAUUCUCUUUGCACUAAUAAAAUCUCACGGAACAAAAACAAUUCAAUUUUUCAGAAAAAGCAAAAUCAAGGCAAUAAGGAUGGAACUAAUAAAUGGGUCAGUGUGCUACAUAAAUUUACUGGUAAAUCGCAGUCAAGUUCUGAUUGUACAAAUUUGGUUGAUAAGCAAGAAAAACCGAGCCAAGUUGAUGAGGAAUCUUCUGAUAUAUGGGAUAUAGAACCCUUAAGGAAUGGUCCACAAUGUAUUUCAAAAGAUAUGUCAUGUCUGCUUCAUCUUUUCUGUGCCACCUAUUCACACAUGUUGUUAAUUCUUGAUGAUAUAGAGUUCUAUGAAAAACAGGUUCCAUUCAAGAUAGAGCAGCAACGUAGAAUUGCAUCUGCACUUAAUACCUUUGUUUAUAAUGGGUUGACCCGUGGUAUUGGACAACAAAAUAGACUCGUUAUGGAUUCUGCCAUCAGAUGUUUGCAUUUAAUGUAUGAAAGGGAUUGUAGGCACAAAUUCUGCCCCCCUGUUUUGUGGCUUUCACCUGCUAGAAAGAGUCGGCUGCCAAUUGCAGUAGCUGCUAGAACUCAUGAAGCUUUGUCAGCUAAUGUUAGACCUGAUGAUCCUUCCACUGUUCCAAGCAUGGGUUCUGUUAUAACUACUACUCCACACGUGUUUCCAUUUGAUGAAAGAGUUGAGAUGUUUAGAGAGUUUAUCAAGAUGGACAAAGCCACCCGGAAAAUGGCUGGUGAAGUUGCUGAACCCGGUUCACGAUCAGUUUCAAUAGUAGUUCGUCGAGGUCAUAUUGUUGAAGAUGGAUUUAGACAAUUAAAUGGCCUUGGAUCAAAGCUAAAAUCACCCAUACAGGUUUCAUUCGUCAGUGAAUGUGGUCUUCCAGAGGCUGGCCUGGAUUAUGGUGGAUUAUCAAAAGAAUUUUUAACUGAUAUUUCAAAAGCAGCCUUUUCCCCUGAGUAUGGGCUAUUCUCCCAAACAUCGACUUCAGACAGACUCCUAAUUCCUAAUGCAUCUGCAAGAUAUCUCGAGAAUGGCAUACAGAUGAUUGAGUUCUUAGGAAGAGUUGUUGGAAAAGCUCUUUAUGAAGGAAUACUGCUAGAUUACUCUUUUUCACAUGUAUUUGUACAAAAACUGCUAGGUCGAUAUAGCUAUCUUGAUGAACUUUCAACACUUGAUCCAGAGCUUUAUAGGAAUCUCAUGUAUGUCAAGCAUUAUGAUGGUGAGGUCAAGGAUCUCUUCCUUGAUUUCACAGUAACUGAAGAAUCUUUUGGUAAACGACAAGUUAUCGAGCUCAAAGCUGGUGGCAAGGAUGUUUCUGUGACAAAUGAGAACAAGAUGCAGUACAUUCAUGCAAUGGCAGAUUAUAAACUUAAUCGGCAGAUACUGGUAUAUUCAAAUGCUUUUUAUAGAGGAUUAACUGAUCUCAUAUCACCAUCCUGGCUGAAAUUAUUUAAUGCAAGUGAAUUCAAUCAGUUGCUUUCAGGUGGAGACUAUGACAUUGAUGUUGAUGAUUUAAGAAAAAACACACGCUACACUGGUGGUUACUCUGAGGGAAGUCGGACUAUCAAAAUCUUUUGGGAGGUAAUUAAAGGUUUUGAACCAAAAGAACGUUGCAUGCUUCUGAAGUUCGUGACAAGUUGUUCUCGACCUCCAUUACUUGGAUUCAAACACUUGCAGCCUUCCUUUACUAUCCAUAAGGUUGCAUGCAAUGUACCUCUUUGGGCAACAAUUGGAGGACAGGAUGUUGAACGGCUUCCAUCAGCCUCAACUUGCUAUAAUACUCUCAAGCUUCCGACAUACAAACGUCCUAGCACUUUGAGAGAGAAACUUCUAUAUGCAAUUAGUUCCAAUGCAGGAUUUGAACUCUCUUAGAUAUCACUUCAGAGAAGGUGUAUUACCAUUAUCAUCGGGCCUUGAGAUCAUAUCCAAAAGAGGGUGGUAAAUAUCAAAGACCACAAGCUUGAGACCUGGAAGGUUCCGCAAAGUUUGAGAUGUGCUGUUUAGUUUAUCGUUGAAGGAAAC